GUGACCGUGCAAUCGUUUCAGGUUUGGCCGGUCAGCGCUGUAAUUUCCUCUAAACAAAGUAGGACUCGCCCCGCAGAGGCCGGAUGAAACCAAUGGAUUGAGCAGGAUUUCUGCUGUUGUGUUUUGUUUGAUUUUCUUCGCAAUUGAAAUGUGAAGAAAUGGGCCCCGGUUAAAGGAAAGGAGAUUCUAGAAACACCGUGGACUACGGGGUUUCGAGUUCGGGCAGGAAGCAUAGCGGCCUGCGGCCGAGAAGGGAGCUUUAGCAGCCGGGCAACGAAAAGAAGUCGCUCGCUAUUGUGUGUUAAAACGGAAUUAGCAUCAUAAUAAAUCCCCGUCCCCAUCCUUCACUAGUCUUCCUGAUUCUGUUCUGGGAGAGUUCAGACCAGCAUCAUCGCCAAGAUAGCCGGGCCAGGCAGGAAGAGGCACACCUCAGAUCCAGACCCCAGCAGUGGUAGUGACUCUGGCGACGGGCGGCCUGUCAGUGCCAAGUGCCUGAAGAUGGCCAGCAGCGGCAGUAGUGGUGUGGCCGGGAGUGAGGCGGUGGGCCACCGUGGUGGAGCUCAGCAGAGAGGAGGCAGUGGCAGAGAAAACGGCUCAGACUUGCCCUCCAGUACGAGUAAGAAGAAGCAGAAGGACAGGGCCAACCAGGAAAGCAGAGAGGCCAAGAGAGCGGCGGCAGCAGCUGCUGCAGCCGUGGAUGGGGUUAUUGCAGAAGUCAAGAAAGAUGUGUUUGUGGACUGGAAGCAGAAUGUCAACGAAGUGACUGUCAGGCUGCGCUGUGGCGAGGGGGUGCAGAGGAUAGAGGACAUAAACACCACCUUCACAGACACACACUGCAAUGUGGAUUUCCCAGAUGGACGGCAAUGGAGCUGCCAGCUGCAGGAGGAAAUCGAGGCCUCAUGUAGCAAAGUCCAGUAUAAGGAAAAGGGAGGCUUCCUCCAUCUCAUCAUGCACAAAAAGAUUCCUUUCCACAUCUGGCCUUCUCUAAAGUCAAAUAAAAAGAAGGAGGCAGUAUCCAUAGAGACCAAACCAGACAUGAAGCCCGUUGCCUUGGAGUCAUCAGAGAAAACUCCACAUCUCCAGCCCCAGCCUCCCUCGUCACCUGCACACAGCGAGUCAAGACGCGGUGUUAGCAAAUCAUGUGUCAAACGCAGCCUGAAAACUAAACUGACGGGUGAAAAGGCCACUACGGACUCUGCAGGUGUUAAAAGCACAGCUGGAGAUAGCUCCACUACCAGCAGCAAGCCUGUUACCGUCACGAGAGCAGAGCAGCCGCAUCAGGAACCUAGUGCCAAACGCACAGUUGUACGGCUGCCUAAGACCUCUAAGGACGCUGCAUCAGCCGACCUACCAUCUGUGAUGUCUACAGCAGCUAACGGGAAAUCCACCUGUGCCCACCUGCCCGCUGGUCAGAGCCCACAGACGGAACGGAAAAGUGGAGACAACAGAUCUGAGACUCGUGGCAGCGGACAGAAAAAGGGAGCAGAAGCAGCUGCUUCCACCCUUACCAACAGAACUCAGUUGGCUGAGAAGCAAAACCAGUCAUCAGACCGGUCUGGUGCAACAACACAUGUCAGUGUGAGCCAGCCAGCAGCUCCUGUUAGCACCAGUGACUGUGUUAAACCUGUCGCCUUCAACAAGGAAAUGAAUUCGACUUCUCCCCAAAGGCUGGGAGACAGAACAGACUCUGAGCCAGCUGGAAAACCUGUUGAGCAGGAAUUGGAGCAGGAUCCGCUGAUUUGUCAGCAGCUUGGAGAUAUGGAAGUGGUACCAGUAGAGGCGAUGGGAUUGGCAGCCAAGCAAAGCCAGCCCCCAGGUGUUGCCCAAAAGAAGAGCAGCUGUGACGAUGAGGAGAAGCGGGACCAGUCGAAGGAGGAGCCGCUACUGGAAAUGAAGCAACUGGAUGCCCCAGAGCCCAUGGUAAACCUGCAGUUUGUGAAGAAUGAUUCAUAUGAGAAGGGCACGGACUUGAUGGUGGUCAAUGUUUACCUGAAGGGGAUCUGCAGGGAUACAGCCAGAGUCAUCUUCAGGGAACAGGACUUCACCCUCAUCUUCCAGACAAGUGAUGUCAGCUUUCUGCGGCUUCAUUCAGAUUGUGGACCGAACACAGUCUUCAAGUGGCAAGUCAAACUCAGGAAUCUGAUCCAGCCUGAGUUGUGCAGCUACGCCUUCACUCCCUCCCGUCUGGACAUCACUCUGAAGAAGAGGCACAGCCAACGCUGGGGGGGCCUGGAGGCCCAAGCCACACAAGGUGCAGUGGGUGGCGCUAAGGUCGCUGUGCCCUCCAGCCCUGCCUGCAUGGAGAAGAGCCAGCCAGGCAGCAGUCAGCACAACCUCCCAGCCAAGGAGGAGCCUCCGCGGGUUGGGGAGGAAAAACCCAAGACCCCCAAGGCCUCAACCAGAGUGGAAGAUGGGGGUUUGGACUCUGUGGCUCCACGCACCGUCUCUGAGCACGUUGCUAUUACCAAGCCAGAGCCUACUGUUACCAUGCCUAAGCCUACCUGCAUGGUGCAGCCCAUGACCCACGCACCUCCGGCCAGCAGCGAGCGCCAUGAGGAAGAGGAAGAGAAGAAGGUGUGCUUGCCUGGUUUUACAGGGUUGGUCAACCUUGGAAACACCUGCUUCAUGAACAGCGUCAUUCAGUCCCUGUCCAACACCAGAGAACUCAGGGAUUACUUUCAUGACCGAGCAUUUGAGGCAGAAAUCAACUGCACUAAUCCACUGGGAACAGGAGGCAGGCUAGCCAUCAGCUUUGCUGUGCUGCUCAGGGCUCUUUGGAAAGGAACGCACCACGCCUUCCAGCCCUCAAAACUCAAGGCAAUUGUGGCGAGUAAAGCCAGUCAGUUUACUGGUUACGCCCAGCACGAUGCCCAGGAGUUCAUGGCAUUCCUGCUGGACGGACUCCACGAGGACUUGAACCGCAUCCAGAACAAACCUUACACAGAAACGGUCGACUCUGAUGGGCGGCUAGACGAAGUGGUGGCAGAGGAAGCAUGGCAGAGGCACAAGAUGCGAAAUGACUCCUUUAUAGUAGAUCUGUUUCAGGGGCAGUUCAAGUCCAAACUGGUGUGUCCCACAUGCUCCAAGGUAUCUAUCACCUUUGACCCCUUCCUCUACCUGCCCGUGCCGUUGCCACAGAAACAAAAGGUGCUCUCAGUUUUCUACUUCGCUAAGGAACCUCAUAAAAAACCCAUCAAGUUUUUAGUGAGUGUGAGCAAGGAGAGCUCCAGUACUGCUGAAGUCCUGGAAUCUAUCUCUAAAAGCGUGAGGGUCAAACCGGAGAACCUCAGACUGGCCGAGGUGGGAAAGAACCGCUUCCAGCGAAUGUUCCUGCCUACCCACUCCCUGGACACAGUGUCCUCCUCUGACAUGUUAUUCUGCUUUGAGGUGCUUUCCAAAGACCUGGCCAAAGAGAGAGUGGUAUUGCUCAAAGUGCAGCAGAAACUUCAGGUCCCCAAUAUCCCCAUCUCCAAAUGUGCUGCCUGCCUGAAGCCUCCGGUGUCUGAAGAAGACAAACUGAAGCGUUGCACUCGUUGCUAUCGCGUUGGCUACUGCAAUCAAGUGUGUCAGAGAACCCACUGGCCCAACCACAAAAGUCUGUGUCGACCCAACACGGAGAACGUGGGCCUGCCUUUCCUGGUCAGUGUGCCAGAGUCUCGACUCUCAUAUUCCCGGCUCGUCCAGCUUCUAGAGGGUUAUUCCAGGUUUUCCGUCAACGUGUUCCAGCCUCCUUUCCAGUCAGGCAGAACAUCCCCUGAAACAUCACAGUCCCGAGUAGACCUCCCUCCAGUGCCAGCAGGCUCCCCUGAUGGUCCUGGAUUGGAGGAUGAAGCUGUGGGUGGUAGCAGUACUGUAGGAGCAGGUAACUUGGAGCUGGAGAGCCACGCUUCGCUGCCUGAAUCCCAGGCAGAGUAUGCUCAGGCCUCAGCCAUCCACUCAGGGGACUCGGAGUCCCUCUCCUCUUCCCAGACGUCCCUCUCCACCACACGGACCACAGAUUCAGGGUUCUCCGAGUCACUCUCUUCCGCUUCUUGUUGCUUUCUGGACCCUCAUGCUGAAAAAGAGACGUCCUGUGAGAAGGCUGUGCGGCCAGAAGCUGCAGUCGCAGGGUAUCAGCAUCCGUGUGAAUCUGCUUCAGGUCAUGCUAGUCAGUUCUACAUCGCUCUGCUGGAUGCAAACAACAAGGAGCAAAGGCUGGAUGAGAGAGAAGAUGCACUGGCAGACAUACCUGAUGAUGCAACCCUGGAGCUGGUGUGGAAGAACAACGAGCGUCUAAAGGAAUAUGUGCUGGUGAGCUCCAAGGAACUGGAGUAUGAGGAAGACCCGGGUUCUCUGAGUGAGACGGCCAGAGCGGGACACUUCACCCUCGAGCAGUGCCUCAAUCUUUUCACCAAGCCAGAAGUGCUGGCACCUGAAGAGGCUUGGUACUGUCCAAAGUGCCAGCAGCACCGUGAGGCCUCCAAGCAACUGUUGCUGUGGCGUUUGCCCAACGUUUUGAUCAUUCAGCUCAAACGCUUCUCCUUCAGGAGCUUCAUUUGGAGGGAUAAGAUCAACGACAUGGUCGACUUUCCAGUCAGGAAUCUAGAUCUAAGUAAGUUCUGUAUUGGCCAGAAGGAUGAGAUGCAGCAGCCUCCUAUCUAUGACUUGUAUGCGGUCAUCAAUCACUAUGGAGGAAUGAUAGGAGGCCACUAUACGGCCUACGCUCGCCUGCCAAGUGACAAGAACAGCCAGCGCAGUGAUGUUGGCUGGCGUCUGUUUGAUGACAGCACCGUCACAAUGGUGGACGAGAGUCAAGUGGUGACGCGUUACGCUUAUGUUCUGUUCUACCGGCGACGAAACUCCCCGGUGGAGAGGCCGCCACGCUUCCUCAGGCCUGUAGGUGCAGAGUCGCCCACUGCUGCAGGAGCUACUGCCAGCCAGGCCUCUCUAAUAUGGCGGGAACUGGAGGAGGAAGACGAGGGGCUUGACGAAGGGCCCCGUGGACUGUUACUCUCUGCGCUGCGGCGACACCGAACGCAGAGGAACAGAGACGAGGAAGACGGAGCCGGAGCCGAACAGUCGGUGCAGCGGCACCGCAGGCAGAGGAUGUUGGACUAUCCCGACGACGACUGCGUACGAUACUUUGUUCUGGGCACACUCACUGCAGUGCUCGCUCUGUUUGUCAAUUUAGUCUACCCUCUUCUUUACAAAGCCACCUGGAGCUGAGUGCUGGCUGCAGGGUUUACGUGCUGGACCGCCCCUGAAAUCAUAAAUGUCUGUUUGUAGAAACGAGAAAAGAUGUUUUUAGUGUUUUUCCAGUAAAAUAUUUGUGUUCUACAUAGCACCACAAUACUUGAAGUGGCUAAACCCUUUAAAAUACUCGGCACUACUUCAUAUAUUAAGACUUAAACAGGCUGAUGUUAAAGUCACAGCUGCUGACUCUUUCAUUGUGAGAGACGCUAAUUUAAAGCUGCAGGAGAGCUACCCCACGCUGUAAUGAUGUACUGGGUGUAGAUUUCUCACUACAUUACCUCUGCAUUGUUUUAAAGUGGCUUCGAGCUCUGUACAUUUCUAAAGAAAGUUGCCGUUUUUAGACUUUGGGUAAUAAUUCUCAGAUGAUCAGCCAUGACAGCCUUAAUUAUACAUUGUACGUGUGGAGUUGAAGCGCAAACCCUGAAAGCUCUUUUGGAGCCUGUUUAGAUGCGUUCAGGAGUCAGAUAAUUGUGUAGGAUCCUUUUUAAGAUGCUUAUAGGAGCAUUAUAGAAUAGUGAGGACCCGCUGAAAAGCGCCUUUUGUUUCCAGUGCACUACACUCAUAAAAGAUCAACGUGCAGGAUUCGGGGCCAUCUAGUGGUGAGGUUCCAAAUGGCAAUUAACUGAAUGCCCAUUUCUUUGGAGCACGUAUGCAAAUCUACAUUAUAACCGUUUGGGUCUUCCCGUCUGUGUGACUUGAGAGACAUCUGUUUAUAUUUGCCGGUGUUUGUACACUAAUGAAAAAAAUGAUUAAUAUAUUCUUAUAGAGCCCCAUAAAUCCUACACAUUGGUCCUUUAACAGUAGAAAUGUAUGAUGGGUGGAAAAUGUGUUCUUGAAGAAGAAAAUAUUAAACCUCUUAUUGUAUGUAUAUGUAUGUGUGUGUCUGUGUGCAGCUGCUUUUAGUUUGUAUUCUGAAAAUUAAGAAAAAUGAAUUUCAGGGCCUUUUAAAAAUUUCUGAUCUUGUCAAGACAUGUCCUCUUUUACAUGUACUGUAGUACACUCUAAUUAUAUAUAUUUUUUAAUUGUGUGUUUAUUGAUUACCUCUAAGCCAUAACUGAUUUGAAAAGUU